CUCAACCUGUGCCCCUCAGCUACAACAUUCAAUCGUUCCUGUGUAUGGCGCCGGGAGAGAAUUGGCUUUGCAUGUGCAUCAUGGUCGCAGCGUCUUCAUUGCAUCUGCGGUAGACUGUUUGGUUUCUUGACGAUUUAGGCCUGAGCAAGAGGCAACGGCGCCCGCGUCAUGAUAUCUGUUCCCUUCCGCAGCUCCAUUGCGCACCAUCACCAGCCAGCAUCGCCGCAGAUGGAUCUAGCAUCGACAUAUCGUGCCCUUCACCGUGCGCAAUACUUUGCCAGUCUCGACACGACCAGCAACCAUUACACCAAUAGCAUCCCCUCGGUCACUACCAGCACGGACAAAACAUCAAGGCCGUUCCUGAUCCCACUGUACCUUUGUGGCGUAUACAUCAUCCCCGCGAUAUACCUCGCCAUCCCACACCGCUCGGAACAGUCGAAAUGGAUUUAUGUCGCGCGGUGGCCGCUGCUGGCCGGGCUGACGUGGUUCCACGUGCAGAUGAUCCUGCAUGUUUCGAGCCCAAACUUUGCGAGCGCAUAUGCCGCUGGUCUACUGGGCGCCUGGGGGGUCAUUUGGAAUCUUACGGUACUAGUGUGGACGAGGCCGCAGUGGGAUGGGAAGAGGGUAGAAGUGAGGAGGCGAAUGAACAACAGCAACACAGUCUUUUCCGCAGGCAGAAGAGAUGAGGCAGCAGGAGGACAGAGCAGUUCCUUCGGGGCCAUUGAGUCUAGCGGGAGAAAUGGGAUUGCGAGUAGUGCUGCCCGGAAGAGAAACGGCAACGGGCACUCGAUUGGCCAUGCCAAUGGUGGUGUGGAUGGUCAUACGUCAGAAAAUGAGCAGACUCACAAGGUCCAGGAUGGACUUGAUAGCAGGCAGCGGGCCCAGAACGGCAACGGGCAUUAUCACGGCACAGCUCGACCACAGCCCUGCCUCGGCGACGACUUCGAGUACUUCUGGCAGGAGUUCCAGGAAGACGCCCCUUUUUGGACUCGGCUCAACUGGUCGUUCGACUAUGUCGCCCAAUUCCGCAUGACCGGGUGGAAUUGUGCCAUUCCAUCACUUCCGCCCUACGAGCCUCCACUAUGCAAAGGUUCCAAGCAACUAUCUCUCGACACGCUGCCGAACCGUUCCAGGGACGGCUACACGCGCGUGACCACCCGCAGGACGUACAUCUACCGCACGCUCUUCUUGAGCAUCAUCCCGUCCUACAUCUUGAUCGACCUUCUAGCUGUGCUGCUCACCCACGACCCGCACUUUGUUGUUGGUCCCGAACAUAACCUUCCCCUGCCACAACACCUGGCAGCCUUGCAUCCAGCCGCCCGUUUUCUAUGGCGACAGGUCCUUUCGCUCCUCGCCAUCCUUUCCGCGCUACACCUCGUCCUCAACUUCGGGCAGCUCUGCCUCUGCCUCUUCUGCAGACCCUUGCUCGGCUUCCGUGCCGAGCCGUGGCACCUGCCGUCCAUCAUGGGCUCCUUUACGCAAGUCCUGGACCGCGGUCUUUCGGGUUUCUGGGGGUCGUGGUGGCAUCAGACCUUCCGCUUCGGCUUUUCCGCGCCGACAAAGUACCUCCUCCGGUACGGGUAUAUCACCAAGGGCACGCUUGCCGCGGACGCUGCCUCGUUCGCCAUCGCAUUCGUCCAGUCCGGCUUCCUCCACGCCGCGGGCAGCUACACCACCGUCCCCGAGUCCAAGUGGUGGAUGCCGCCGCUCACGUUCCUCCUAUCGGGAGUGGGCAUGUUGCUGCAGCAGAACCUCGCACGGCUUCUGUGGUCCAGGACCUCGCUGUCGAGAGAGGCCACGCCGCGCUGGGUCCGCCGCGCGGCGAAUCUGGUAUUUGUCCUCGCGUGGCUGUCGCUCACGGCGUGGCCUCUGCUCGACGACUUUGGCCGUGCGGGGUUGUGGCUGUACGAGCCCGUGCCCGUGUCGUUGUUCCGCCCUCUGACCAAGCUGGGCGACUUGGCGGACCGGCGGGUAUGGAGAUGGGAUCACGAUUUCUUUCCGCGGUGGUAUAGGGGAAGAAGUUUGUUGUGGGAUACGGGGCUUGGUGUGUGAUAUGCCGGUGGUAGUAGUGAUGUUGAUUGUGGUGGCGAUCGUGGUAGGGGAGAUGAUUGUAUGGAUGGCGACGCCAAAGUACAUAUGAGGACUGAAGCAUGCAGAGAUAUACACGUGGAUAUGUUACGAAAUAUUCGCCAUCCUGGGGGCCCGCAAGUAGCAUAAAAAUAGUUGAUAGGCUUGACUCGAAGGAG